AUGUAUGCGGCAGAGAUCAACGAACAAGCCUCAUGCACUCCAGAGUACCACCCCAACCCAAGAUUUGGUGAAGCCGUGCAUCCGGCAGAAAUUGACUACGGGCUGUCAUACAAACAAUUUGGCCUCUGGUCUCCAGAUAGCGGGCUAGACAUGUCGUCCGCCAGCGAUGUCCAAGGGGAGGUGUGCAAGUCGAGUAUUGAGAUUGGGAUGAAUCAGAAGUUAUACAAACCCGUCCAAGGGACGCCGUUACAUAUAGCGGCAGCAUUGGGGCACAUGACAGUGACACAAACACUGGUACGGCACAGGGCAGAUGUCAAUGCCGUCGACAAGGCCGGCCUAUCACCGCUGCAUUACGCAACGAGGAACGGCCACACGGAGGUUAUGGAGGAGCUUUUAAAGAAUGGGGCCGAUGUCGACUCGCUGGACGCGGAUGGGUGCACGCCGCUCUACCGUGCCGCAGAGACCGGCAACAAUGCCAUGGUAGAAAGGUUGCUAUCACACGGCGCAAGGCUGCGAUGA